UGGACGGUUUCUCUGCCCGAGCAUUAUAUCAUCCACCUCCUCAGACUGCCCAUCGGCCAUCGCAAUCUCCCACUCCCCCAUUAAUCACUGCUGAGGCACCACCAUACCAACUAAAAAUGACAAGCCCGCGAUACCACCGAAUUGGAUUGCUCUCACUGACACUGUCCCUUCUGCUCCAGCUUUUUCUAAGCACCCGCGCAGCUUCCCAUGCUCCCGCGCUCGACCACCUCUUGAAAUCCACCCCCGUUCCACGAGAAAGCACCCCCACUGAAUACCUGGGGCUCUCUCUCCCUGUCCCGCGGGACCACCAAACCCCAUCAUGCUCCGUCAUCCUCCUCCAGCAUAACUUCUCCAACACCAUCGGAUCUCCCCCCGUCAACGUCUCAUACUCCCCGCCGUCCGAUUGCCCGCCGCCAUGGUCCUCUGUCGCCAUCCAGCUCACCGCCUCAUGCAGCGGCGAGCAGUACGACCGGAUCGCCGGCGUCUGGUUCGACGGCGUGGAGGUCCUCCGUACGAGCACGGCCGAGCCGACGGAGGCCGGGGUUUUCUGGAGUGUACGGAAGGAUGUCAGCAGGUACGCUUCGGUGCUCCUGCAGCCGAAUUCGACGGUCACGAUGAUGCUUGAGAAUGUCGUGAAUGAUGUCUAUACUGGGAUUUAUCAUGUGAAUUUGACUCUGGAUUUCUACGCGAGAUCGGGAAUUAGGGUUUCUUCGGAGGAAAAGAGGCGUUAUUUGAAAUCUGGUGAGAAAUUAGGAUCUCUGGAGGAAGAGGGUGUUGAAUUAGGAUUUUUAGGGGAAGGGGACAUCGAUGGAGAGAGUAAUCUAGGGUUUUUAGGAGAAGGGAGUGCUGAACUGGGGUUUUUAAGGAAAGAGAGUGUUGAGAGGGAUGGAGAGUUAGGGUUUUUAUCGGAUGAGGGUUUGGGGGAGAGAAAAUUAGGUUUUUUGUCUGAAGAGAGUGGAGACAGUGUGAUGAGAUUAGGGGUUUUAGCGGAAGAGAAUUCGGAAAGGAUGGGAAUGUUAGGGUCUGGAUCGGGAGAGAAUGAUGGCGGGGAGGGGAAAUUUGGGUUUCUGGUGGAAGAGAGGGAUGGUGGGGAGAGAGAAUUAGGGUUUUUAGCAGAAGGGAGUGCUGAUGAAGAGAGGAAAUUGGAGAUUUUAGCUGAAAAGAACAAGGGAAGGUUAGGGGUUUUAUCCAAAGAGCCUCUUCCUCUCAUAAAAAGAGUAGGGAAGUUAGGGUUUUCGACGAGAGAGAUCGCAGCCCCUGUGAUUGAUAGAGAAGAAAGCCCAAAAUUACAGUUUCUAUCCGAAGAAGAACCAGUGUUUGAAGAUGAACAUGUGAAGAUGGAGAGAUGGGCAGCAUCGAUGGUUUCAUACAAAGAACCUGCGGAUCUGGUAAUCCCCAUUUCAGACAAUGGUGAUGGCGGAUCCUGGUUCAGAAUUCAGAACGAAUCAGAUAUUCAUUCCAAGGAAGUCAAGAUUCCAGUUAAUAGUCACAGGGCUAUUUUAGAGAUUUAUGUCUCUUUCCAUGGGAACGACGAGUUCUGGUACUCGAAUCCUCCGGAUUCUUACAUCCAAGAGAACAAUCUGACGACAGAGCGGGGGAAUGGAGCGUUCCGGCAGGUUUUUGUGACGAUCGAUGGCCUUUAUGCUGGCUCAUUCAUUCCCUUUCCAGUUGUAUUUACGGGAGGGAUCAAUCCAUUAUUCUGGGAACCCGUUGUUGCAAUCGGGGCAUUCGACCUUCCUUCGUAUGACCUCGAUCUAACACCAUUUCUUGGUGUUCUCUUAGAUGGGAAUCUCCACUCUUUCGGCCUCGGUGUAACUGAUAGUAUUCCGUUUUGGCUUGUCAAUGCAAAUUUACACGUCUGGCUAGACCAUGGCUCAUCCCGCGUAGCGGCAAGCCUUUUUAAAUACCAUGCUCCUAGUAUCACCAUCUCUCGGCAAUCAGACUUCAAAAUUUUGAAUGGGAAGUUCAAGAUAGAGGCUGAGCGGGAAAUUGAAUUUUCGGGGUGGGUGAAUUCAUCGGCUGGGAACCUUACCACCCAUGUGACGCAUGAAUUCAAGUUCAAGAACAAGAUCAAGUUCAAGAGGAAUGCAAAUUUCAAAAGUAUCAAGCAGAAGGUCAAGGCGGAGACGAAGGUGAAGAUCGAGGCACAAUCAGUUUUGUUACUUGCUCAAGCUGUUUAUUACAGCAAGUAUCCACUCCAUAUCGAAACUACAACUCUACCAAACGUAGACAAUACCUAUUUAUCAAAGACCAGCUUUUCUCAUGAAAGGAAUGAGAAAUCCUCUGUUGUUUUACCUAGUGGAGUCUCUGUCAGCUCCCUUGUUAACAGUCAGGAGUCGAAUGGCUGGAUGAUGGUCCAAGAUCACUCAGUUCUCUCUGGCGGGGCAAGCACUAAUCAAAGUUACAGGUACAAAGAUGCCAAAGGCUGCUACUCUCGAAUGGUGACGACAAAUAAUGGUUUGCUUUUGACAGACCAUACAAAAGAGGUUUGCCCUCUCCCACUGCCAUAUACUCCUGUAGUUUCUUUCGUGCGAGAAACCUAUGUUUUUCAUAAAGGGUGUUCACUAAGCUACUAGCCUUUGUAAAUAAGCUACUUUUAAGUUCUUCUUUCCUUUUUAUCUGUCUGUGGUCAUGGCAUUCGAUGUAAUAAAUGCCAGAUUAGUUGUAUUUUCUACGUAAGCUUCUAUAUGUCAGUGAGAAAUCUAUCUUGGAAUAGUUAAUUUGCCUA